GAAAAUACUGGUCCUGCUGCCAGAUUUGAUAUACAUGCUGCAGACAGCCCACAGUAAGAACAGAAAGAAGAUGCUGCUCAUUUUCAGAAAUGUGAUGGGUCAUUUGAAGAAGAAGGACAGCUCCACUGCUCUGCAGCUGGCCGAGAAUCUCCCGCAACUGUUUGAUGAUGUGUCCAGCCAGGUGCGAGAGCUCUCCAUCUGCCUAUUCAAAGAAGUAAUACAGAUGGCGGAUUGGAAGCACCAGCGGCAGAUGCGGAAGAACGUGCAGGGGAGCCUGGUCCCACUCGUGUUGCACAUGAGUGAUGAGACUGAGAGUGUGGCCAAGGCCUCUCACGAAGCCUUCUGUGUAGCUGCAAAGGUGCUCAAAUGGAAAUGGCUCAGUCACCACGUGCAGGCACUGGAGAGAUGGAGAACUGUGGAGCGCUUGCUGGAGCACAAGCGGAGCAGGGCUGAAGAAUAUGUGCGUCAAAGCAUGCCUUAUCUGCAGCACGCUCAGGUCACCGUGCGAAUGGCAGCCGUGAGGUUCAUCGGACUGGCUGCGCGGUACCUGAAUGACAGCAGCAAGGACACGCUGCAGGAGAUCUUCAAGGGUGAGUAGGGGCAGUGCUGUGUG